CGUCGAGUACGUCCGGGACGUUAUUUAAUUUUUUUUUCUUUUUCAUCUAUUUUCGAAUAAGAAGCAUAUUGUAUAUACAUAUAUUAUAUAUAUAUAUAUGGUAUACGGUCUGUUUGUAUAAUAUAUAUAAAACAUUUCGUAACACAAUAUAGAAAGAAACUAUGCGGCGGUGGGCGUGCGCGGGGUUAUAUGUGCACACAGUGUUUUAUGCUGAUGGAAAAGGGCAGCAAUUUUAUUCUGUUUGUUGAUAUUUAUUUAGAAGACGCGCUCUGUGUAUAUCCGUUAGGGAAACAAGAACCUAUUCGUGGUUUGUUUUUUCGGUUUUUUUUUCUUCCUCUUAGCUUAUGAUACAGUAAAAAUAUUUGUAAACAAAUAAAACCGCGGCGGCGUUACAUUGCGAUUGUUGUGCGUUCGCUUCAGCAAUGGAAACAUAAUAUUACGGCUUAUUUUUCUUCUUCUACUUGCAUGCGUAUAUUUUUGAAAAUGUUGCCACCGCUUUCGAUCCGAUUAUUUUGGUCUGUGGCUUAGGGAUAAAUGGGUGGAGAAAUUCCCUAAAUUCAAUAAUAGACACACUGGGAAAUGCAAUAUGUAUGCUCAUGCAAUAUUUAUAAGUGAUAACUAACAAGAUUGAAGUCGGAUAAAAACCAUACAGCGGUUGCAACAAAUAUUUUUCUUUCGACAAAACUGAAUUGUUCGCUUAGCUGUGAUCAUUCCCUCGAUUAAUUACUUAGUAUAUAAACGACGCAAUUAGUGAACGAUCAAGGGAUCUCCGUCAUGAUAGAUAUCGUCACCAUCACUCCAGUAGUGUCCCUUAUCAUUCAUCCGCAGUAUAGUAAUGUAUUUUACAUUUAACGAAUAAAAAUAUUUUCGAUUGUCUUUGAUUUAAAUAUAAAAAAGAUGAAAAUUAUGAAUUUGUUUUGAAAAACAAAUAAAUAAUAAUGUAUACCUGCAUUUAUUUGUUUAGAAUUGAGUAUAAACGAAUAAUUAUUAUUCCACCAUUAUUGAAACAUGCGAAUUCCAGACAAUAAAAAAACCCGAAACAGACAUUCUUUUCAUCUUAAAACGGCUAUGGGAAAAAAAAAAUGUUAAUUAAUUAAAUUAUUUAUAACGAAAUCGUUAUAAAUUUGAUCAGUACCCGUCGGUCCUAAAAGUUCUAGCGUUCAGAUUUGAAAGCCGAAUGUUCUAUUAUAUUUUAAUUAUCGCUCGGUAUAAAAAUGAAACUUUCACAGUCCGGGUUUUUUUGUAAAGCGUCUGUAAUGAAACCUUAAUCCGUCUUUAUAAUAAUAAUUGUGACUUAACGAAAAAAAAUAAAAUUAAAAAGAAAUAUAUCUUCCGGCACUUUUACCCGGAACCGUUUGAAUAAAUAAUACGAUUGAAAAUUCGCUCAUAAUUCUCUUUUAGUUGGUCAUCUCACUCGUCUACAGUGAAAAGUGUACGUUCCAAUCGAGUUAGGUUACUAUUGAUUACAUUAUGGUAAUAAUAAUAAUAUAGUUGCGAUAAAAAUUGUCUCUGUUUUAUUUCGCCAAAUCGAAUCCAACUUGAGUGGAAAGAUGACCGUAGACGAUACGAUAGAUAUCCAUUCGUAAGGCCCAUUGUCCGAUGCGAAAACGAAGAUGCAUAUUUCACUCGUUUCUCUUUUGAUCUGUUUAAACUAAUACAAUUAUUUAUGAUCGAAUUUUCACAACGUUAGUGUAACGUCUGGUUUCUCCACACAUAUCGGAUGGUCUUGCGAUAAUCUAUUACGGGGUUUCUAGGAAAACGGAAAAAUAUGAAAUAUCUCUCAAAGAAGUAUAAAAAAACUGUAUUUACAAUUUGUUUUUAUUGAAAACAUAAACUACAUUAUAUGCCAUUAAGAGUACAAAGGUUAAAAAUAUCAUGCCUUGAAAUCGAUGUCCAUAAAAUAGUGCCCGUUCGUACGUAUACACUAAUCUCACCUAACUAUUUUUGUAAUACAUCAUAAUUCCAGGGCCAUCAUCAUUCACGCAACGUGUGAACCUUAAUUUUUGGUUAAAUACUAUGACCUAUGGUAUUAACCGACCCAAAAUGGCUCAAAAUUACAAAAUGUCAGUUCACUGUGUUGACAAUGAUACCACGGUCCACCCAUAACCUGGGUUAUAGUACUACCAACGCUGCAUUCAAAUUUUUUCGUUUUCCCGGAACACCGCAUGUACAAUAGUAUUGUUAAUGAUUCUGUCUCUACGAAUAUAACCGAACACAUUGACAUUGUCUAUAUUUUAUGAUGUACAUUUUUGUAUUAGUGUAAACAAUAGGUAGUUGUGCUGGCUAUGGAUGAUUUAAAACAUAGUAUAAUGUAUACAUUUAUAAUUGCUGUUCGGUGGUAGUCCUAUUGUUUGGUGAUUAUAAUUACUAGAUAUGUAACGAGUAACCAGUCAAAAAAACACGACCGACGGACCUGCCAAAUAAUGGACAUUAUUCAGUCGAUCACGAUUUUGAUGACAAUUUCGUUGUGUUCAUGUUGGAACUUGGAACUCAUUUCCAGUUGAGAAACAUAUUAUAGGUGGCCAAAUUUUGAGCAGACGUGCAGCUAAAUUAAAAUACUGCAAAAAUUGGUAAGGUAGACUCUAUGACGGCGAUGGACUUGUUGUUCCUCGACAGGUGAAAAACAAUUAAUCACCGUCGUGUAUGUUUUCUAACCUGGAUUGACUAAAAAGAUUACUGUUCUACUCGGUCAAAAUAAUGGAAUACGGACAUCCGGCCGAAUCCAAACGGCCGACGGCUAUAUAGGCCGACAGUCAGAUAGCCGAAACUAUUUUAGCCGACAAGGUCAAAAGGCCGACACUACGAAAAGCCGACACUAAAAUAAAUUAAGUAUAAGCUAUACAUUUUCAAUUCGAUAACGUAGUGUUGUCUUUUGUUGUAAUAAUGUUAUCGAUAACUUAUCGAAAUUUAACGAUACCUAAUACCUAUAGCCUGUAAUCUACAGUGGGUAUUGCUAUUGCAUGUUCAUAAAUACUGUUUCAGUUGAUUCGUAACCACGCCGCGUCUUUGCAUUCAUUUUUGUGUCGUUGUUUAAUUUAAUUUAUGUAUUUGCAUUAAAUAAUUAUGGAAUAUAAAAUUGAAAUUUUUGGUACAAAAUUAUUAAUUGACAAUUUUAUCAUGAUUAAAAACAAAAACCGUAACAAUAAAUAUUAUUGGGAAUGUGAAAAGAGGAAACAUACUAAACGGCAUAAUAGUAAUAAUGAAUAUUGUAAUGCAAGAGCAGUAACAAUUCUUGUUGAUGGUAAUCAUAUUGUUAAAGAUAAUUCUUUUUUAAAUCACAACCAUGGGCCUGACCCAUGCCGAUUGUUGGUAAAGAAAAACAUAAAAUAUAUUGUUUCAAAAGCUCUGUCUUCGAGAGAUAAACCUUCGCAAAUAAUACAGGAAGCAACGAGUCGCAUCCCCGUCAAUUCUCAGCCAUACAUGCCAUCAGUUGAAGCAACGCGAAAAAUUAUUUCACGGUGUAGAAAACAUCAGAAUCCACCAGAACCAACAAGUCUUUCACAAAUAGAUAUUCCUCUUAACUUAUGUAAGUCUUUUAAUGGUCAAACAUUUUUACUAAAAGAAAGUACUAUUGAGAGUCACAAAAUAUAUAUUUUUUCUACUAAAGAUGAAAUAUCAAAACUUGUCAAUGCCAAUUAUUGGGUUAUGGAUGGUACAUUUAAAACUGUGCCAAGUAUAUUUUUACAAAUGUACACCAUACAUGCACCUGUUGGUGGAAAUAAUUCUAGAAUUUUGCCAUUAGUAUAUGUUUUAAUGACCAGUAAACAACAAUGUUGUUACGAACGUUUAUUCGAAGACCUAAUAUCAAUUUGUGAUGAUUUCGGUUUCGAUGUUUCACCAAAAUGUAUUAUAACAGAUUUCGAAAAAGCUGCAAUUAAUGCAGCUAAUAAAGUAUUUCCAGAAUGCCAACAAAAAGGGUGUUUUUUUCAUUUAGGCCAAAAUAUUUGGCGAAAAAUCCAGUCUAGUGGAUUGGCUACUAAAUAUGGAGAAAAUGAAGAAUUUAGUUUACAACUUCGAUGUAUGUGGUCACUUGCAUUUUUACACCCAUCAGAUAUACCUAAUGCUUUUGAUCAAUUGAAAGAUUCAUUACCCUAUGACAUUCAAAAUUACUUUGAAGAAAAUUACGUGCAUGGAAAAGUACGAAGGAAAUUUAGAAAUGGAAUAGUAUCUCGAUAUGAGCCAUUGUUUCCACCAUCAUUUUGGUCAAUACAUUUCAAUCAUGAAAACAAUAUUCCAAGGACACAAAACAAAGUCGAAGCAUGGCACAAAAGAUGGAAAGUAUUAGUAGGAGCUGAUCACGUUGGGGUGUAUCGUAUAAUUGAGGAAAUGAGAAAAGAGCAACAACACGUUGUGGGGCAAAUUCAAAUUAUUUUAUCCGGACAAGCAAGGCCAAAACAAAGUUCAAAGUACGUAAAACGUCAAAACCAAAUUCAAACUAUUCUAAAUGAUAAAGAAAACAGAACAACCCUCGAGACAAUAAGAGGUAUUGCAUACAAUUUGCACUAUUAAUUUUUAUUUAUUAACAUUUAACUAUAUAACAUAAUUAUCAAUUAUAAUUUUAUAAACUAUUAGUAUUUUUUAUUUUUUAUGUAUAAAUAUCAAAUUUUUUAAUUUUUAAAACAUAUUAGGAAUAUAAAAUGUACUCAAUAAUAAUUUAUUAGUAUUUUUUAUUUUUAUGUAUAAAUAUCAAAUUUUUUAAUUUUUAAAACAUAUUAGGAAUAUAAAAUGUACUUAUAAUUAUUAACAAUACACUAAAUUUUAUUUUUAAGAAUAAGUAUCACCUAUAUAUAUAUAUCUGUGUGUGUGCAUAAUUUACCUAUCUCAACAUAAAAUUACUUAAUCGGCCAUUUAAUAUGUCGGCCUAAUGCGUGUCGGCCUAUAAAUUUGUCGGCCAUUUAGUAUGUCGGCCUAUUGCGUGUCAGCCAAAUGUCUGUCGACCAAAUGUCUGUCGGCCGAUUGUA